AAACUGUGAAGCAGGAGAGAAAAAGAUGGCGUACAAAGACUGGCUCCGCGACGAUGGCACAGUUGUACUGUACGCUGCAGCUGGCCUAAUUACAAGCCAGAAGCCGUCAUUGUCAGGUUCGCGCGAGAGAGAGAGACCACUCAACCCUCCGAUAAAUCUUCUCAUUACUACCAAAACCACCCAAAAAGAAACCUAUUUCCAACCUUCUCGUGCCUGAAAAGGCCACAUCCGACAAUGCCUUCCGACCUCUCAUCAUAUCUUGCAAAAAAUUACUUAGUAGCAGAUCCGAAACCCACCAAGAAACGCAAGCGCAAACAACCCACCGAGACCCAAGGCCUCAUCAUCGCAGACGACGACGACAACGGCUGGGGCAACUCCACCGCACAAGACGACGACGCAGAAUCAGGACCGGCCCUCGUAUCAGGAACCUCGGCCGAGUUCAGAAAGACGAAGAAAUCAAAUUGGAAGACCGUCGCCGCAUCCUCGAAAUCACAAGGCAGUGGCACUGGCAACAAUGAAGACGACGACAGCGCCGCAGCAGCAAACGCGAUCCUCGCCUCGACAGCAGCAGAAAACGCAGCAGCAGGAAACGCAGACGACGAGAUGCCCGUAAUAGAAGGAGGCGACGACGAAGCCACCAAUGCCAACGUAGUCAAAAUGAGCGACGGCACACACGCAGGCCUCCAAUCUGCCGCCGCCGUCUCAGCACAGCUCCGCCGCCGCCAACAAGCCGAAGAAGCCGAGUUUGCGAAACUCCGAAAACACGGCAAGGAAGAGGAGACGGUCUACCGCGACGCCACGGGCCGGCGCGUCGACGUCUCCAUGAAGCGCGCGGAAGCGCGCAAACUCGCGCUCGAGGCGGAAGAAAAAGAACGGCUUGCAAGGUUGGCGCCCAAGGGCGACGUGCAGCUCGAGAACGCGCGGAAGCGUAGGGAGGCGCUCGAGGACGCCAAGCUCAUGACCUUUGCGCGGACGGCGGACGACGAGGAGAUGAAUAACGAGCUGAAGGAGCAGGAGCGGUGGAAUGAUCCCAUGGCGCAGUUUUUGAGCGACAAGACGGGCGGCGGUGGUGGUGCAGGGGCAAAGGGCAAGAAAGGGAAGAGGCGGCCGGUGUAUGCUGGUGCUGCGCCGCCGAAUCGGUAUGGCAUCAAGCCGGGGUAUAGGUGGGAUGGCGUCGAUAGGAGUAACGGGUUCGAAGGGGAACGGUUCAGGGCGAUCAAUCGCAGGGAGCGGAAUAAGGGGCUCGACUACGCCUGGCAGAUGGACGAAUGAUCGCGCUAGGAUGUCGACAUUUGGUUCGGUCAUGGCACCGGAAUGCGAUGAUUUCAAGCAUUGGAUGUCCCAUGAUAUUGGCGUUUCAGUCACGAUCAAGGUGAUGGUUCAUAUCUAAGCUUGUAUCAUUUUGAACUUCGAAAUGAGAAUGAUAUGUAAUUUCAUCAGGGGAGCAAAAAAUUGACUUCAUAGCGUAAAAGACACUCAAAGAGCAUCUUCAUAUGCUGUCUCGAAUGGCGUCCUGCCGACCUGACGUUUUUCUUCUACUGUUGGUUGGAGAUGCGUUUGUUCGGUGCCUCUUGGGAUAUCUGGUUCGCGUUUGCGACUCUCCUUGAAAAUCUUCAAAGAUGAUUAGUU